ACCGAUAAUGGCGGACAUUCUUCAAACUUGAAUACUUGCCGCUCAGUUUUAUUGGUGAUUCGUUAGAUAAUACGUCUUAAAAAGCAGGCUUGAGUGGUAGACAUUACAACUAUCAGCGCUUGUUCGGGAUGAGGACAUAAAAUAUCUCCAUCAACAAUCGAUAAAUCAGUACAGACAGAUAGAAGGAGAUAAAGAAUCAAGAUGCCACCAUUGGAAUGGGACAGGGUUAUGGCGGCAACGCCAGAGAAAAUCUCUGAGGAUGAUGUAGAGGAGUUCUAUGAAAACUUUAUAGGGUAUAAUCCCUCGGAUCAGAGUGAUCCGGAGAAGCUACGAAAACUGUUUGAAGUCAGCAAAGUUGUGAUGAAAACUAAACAUGAAUCAAUUGAAGAAACCAUUCAGAUGUUUGAGAAAGAGACGGCUGAAGCUCAGAAGAAGGAGGAAUCACAAAAUAAGGAAAUAGAAAAACUGAAGAAAAAGAUGGCAGAAGUAGAGAAAUUCGGUCCGGAGACUGGUGGUGGUACGUCCCGAGGAGCUGGUGCCCUCCGGGACCAGGUGACCGAUUUGGAGAGGCGGAAAGAGGAACUAGAACAGGAUGUUAAAGAUUUGCAGCGAGAUCUGGCCAGUGAGAAACGGGCAGCAGAAAAGUACAGCGAGAGAAUCAGUGAGCUGGAAAAGAUACAGAAGGACAUGAGAGACGAGAAUGACCAGCUGCGUCAGGACAUCAGUGAUUACAAGAUGCAGAUGCAGUCGCAGAAAGACAACCUUGUGUCCAAGCGCGGAGAUGAGAUUGAGUUCCGUGACAAGCUGAUGAAGAAGAACCACGAGAUGGCGGAGGCCAUGGAAGAGCUUCAGAAUCUGACCGAUGCCAACGAGAUGUAUGCAAAGAAGAUUGAGGAGUUGCAGACGAAGAUGGAGGAAGCUAUACUCGACAUGGAUCGUACUCGGGAGGAUAAUCUCAAACUCAGGAACACCCUGCAGGAGAUAGACAAGGAUACGGACAAGGUCCGCAAGGAAAAUGAAGUCCUCAAAGCUCAGGUACAAGAUCUUAACGAGCAAGUACAGUCAAAGACAGACGCUGAUGACGCUAUCAUGGUGGCAGUGAACAACAAGAUCGAGGAGUGGAAGGUCAUUUUAUCGGAGAAGGAUGAAGCCAUUGUUGAAUUUCAAGAGCAGGCAAUCCAUCUGAGGGAACAGCUCAUCGCGGCCAACAUGGACGCUGACAAGGCUUCAGUGGCUGCACUCACUACUGUUAUAAAGGAGAAAGACAAACAGAUAGAGGAUCUCACGGACAAGAUCAAGGCUUACGUGGACGAGAUGGAGGCUAACGCUGCAGUGGUCGAGGAUCUGAGGACCGAACUCCACAAAUCUGGUGCCGGACCCGGUGACCGACAACUACACAGAAUCAGGGAACUACAGACAGACCUGGAGUAUGAGCGGAAAAAAUUAACAGAAGUAAACAACGAUAUCAAAGUGGCGGAAAGAGAUGCUCGUGAAAAAGAUAAAGAGCUGAGUGAUGCUCUGGAACGGAUGAGAAAGUAUGAGGCUGGGGAGUAUGGAUUGGCUGAAGCUGUUGCAGAGAUCAAGGAAGGCAAUAAUCAGAUCAAAGUUAGGGACAGACAAAUUGAGGAGUUGACUCAGUACAUCAACAAAGUUGAGAUGAAGAUAAACGAUAUGGAGGAGGAGAACGAGGAUCUACGAUACAGACUUGGCCUUGACCCUCGGGAGCCCCUCGACCUCACACAGUUCAGGAAAAACAAGGCGACCAGGAAAGAGGAGGAGAAAGCUCUCAACUUUAUACUUCAGCGGGAGGUGGAAAAACUUGAAGAUGAGAGGGUAGUUUUAAAGAAGAAGAUCCGAAAGCUUGCUCAGCAAACAGGACAGAGAGCCGUAGCUCUGGGUCUGACUGCAGAAGACAUGAUGGCUGUGGCCGACUUCCAGGAGGAGCUCAAAGCGACGCGCGUCAAACAUGCCGAGGCUACAUCCACAGGGGCGCAGAUCAGACGGGAGGUUGAGAGCGAGGAGACGCAGUUGAGACAUCGGGAGGCUGGCGACGAGUUCCGAGAGAACAUGCGAGAAAUGGACAAACUAUACAGAGAGAAUGCACAGUUCAAGGCCAAGGUCGAGCAGCUGGAAAACGACAACCGACAGCUGGAAGGCGGGCUCAAGGAAGUCCUGGAGAAUCUUCAGAAGUACAAACCAGAUGAACACGGGACAGAGGAUCAGCCAAUGCAGUUCCCCACACUUGAGAGGAUGCUGGCUGCCAUUGAGGCGAAGAGCGUGAUCGGCAAGUAUGACACAUCGCUGUACCUAAAGGCGCAGGUUGACAAUCUCCAAGGGCGUAAUGAUGAGAUUCGUGCAGAACUUCGCGAGACGAGACACGAAGCCAACAAAGCAAGAAUGGAGGUGGAAAAGAGUUUGGAAAAGAUUGAACAGCUGGAGGCUGACCUGAAAGCGGCUAAAGAGUCUGGUGGAGGACCAGGUGUGUUCCAGAAAAUACCUCUCCCCGAUUCCAUGGCCAUCACAAGUUCCGAGGUCAUUUCCAGCCUUAACGAGCAUUUAGUCACAGUGCUACAGGAAUUAUCCCUGAAGGAGGCCUGCAUGAACAAGAUGGAGAACGCUUUGGAUAACUACAAACGUAAAUUUGCCGUCCUCCGUCACCAACAGGGCCUCAUGUAUGCUGACUACAUCAAGGAUAAAAAGGAUUGGGAGAAGGAGACGGAGACAAUUCGACAGCAGAUGAAGACGAUGGAUGCUUCACAAGAGGAGAACAAAGUCAGACUUCAGGAAUUUGAUAGACUGAUAGACACACUCUCAAAGGAUGAACCAGAGGUGCGGCGACGUCUGUCUGAGAUGACUCGAAGGAUCACUGUGUUGCGGGUCAACGAGAAAGCAUUGACCCGCAGGUACAACAUCUCGGAGGAGGUCGAAGGUCAACUUAGAAAGGAAAUCAAUCACUACAAGAAUGAGAUGGCUUCGAUGGAAACCUCAGUGUCGGAGAGGCUGGGCUACCUCCAGAGGUUCAAGGAUAUGGCAACCUUUAAGGUUUCUGCGCUACAGAAGGCUUUGGAGGACUCUGUGCCUACCGAGGAUCUUGAAAUUACCAAUAAAAAGUUCCUCAAGUUGACAGAGAAGUACCGAGAUGGCUUGGAGAAGGAAAACAGCCUGGUGUCCAAGGCUGAUGUCAUCACGGGACUAGAGGAAGAGGUGACGCGCCUUACAGAGAAUAAUGACGUCCUCAAGAAAACACUUGAAAUGGAGAAAGAAAAACUACAUGCUCUAGAGGCUGCGAUGGAGGACCUUCACAGAAGGGGUAUCACCGAAGGCACGGAAGUUCGCAGUGUUACCGACGGUGAUGUCAUCACCAUAUCUAAACGGAUCACAACUUUGGAGAUGAAGGAGCUAAACGAGAGACAGAGAGCGGAACAUUCAGUCAGAAUGUACGAACAACAGAAGAAAGUGCUACAGGGACUCGACGAACGCAACAAGGACUUGGAGAGCAAAUUCUCAGAGAUCACGCAGUCGAAUCUAGAACUCCAGAGAAUCGAGCGAGACUUGCGAGACGAGUUAUCAAAGUCUGUGACUAAGGCUGUGAGUGAUGCCGACAGGAAAAGGAUUACUCAACUGGAGGAAGUUGAAGUCACCCUCCGCAACGAGAUCUCAAAACUCAAGGAAGUCUGUGAGGUAGCCACAUCACAAGUAAAAACGCUAGAAACGCUACAGCUGUCACGAGAGAAAGAAAACACAUCUCUACGGCAACAGUUACUAGACUUCCAGAUGCAGAGCGAUGAAAAAACAAUCAUAGGAAAGCUGCACCGCCACAUCGUCCAGUUACAGGUCAGUGAAGGGACAUCGGUUCGCAGGCUGGAGGAGUCGAAAAAACGUGUCACGAAACUGGAGGCACAAAUCCUUCGCAUGGACCAGAAACUCGACGACAAAAACCAGACAAUGGUCCACAAUAAGGCAGAGGCUCAAAACAAGGCGAAACACCUGAAACGUAAUUUACAGGAAAUGCGCCUGCAGUACGCUGGAGCCAUACCGCUGUCCAAGCAAGAGAAAUUCACGAUAAAUAUGAGAAAACUUCAUCAUGAUAAAACUAACCUAGAACUGGAACUAAAACAGGCACGAGAGAAGAGAGAUACAGUGGAGAAUAAACUCUCGGCCAUGGAGCUUCAGCACAAGAGUCUGCAGGACUUGAUCGCCACCCUCAAGGACGGUCGCGGCGCGGCCAAGGUCGUUGAGUGGCACAGCAAGAUGGAUGCCGUCAGGCUGGAGGAACUCAAACAGAAACGACUGAACGUCAAACUACAACAACAGAUCCACUACCUAGAAGGAAUGGUACGCACCAGUGAGGCCACGACCUCCGACCUGGAAGGGGAAAUUGUGAGGCAGACUCAGGAAUAUGAAGAGAAACAGCUUCGAUGGGAACAGCGUGAAGUAGAACUAGAGAGAACCAUAGCCAGGCUAGAAGACCAGGUAUCUCAGAUAGCAGGGGCAGCUUCUAAGUUUGAGGAGGCAGUCGGCACAUUGCCAGAUGCCAAACUACCUGUCGCAAACCAACUGGAGGAGGCCAUAUCAACCAUUCGGGGAAAUGUCAAGAUCAUUCUGGACACACAGGCUGAAAAUAAGGCUCUCAAAAAGAGAAACUCUGAACUUGAGAAACAGCUACACGAGUCUGACAAGACGAUCCUGGCCCGGGACAGACUGGUGGCUGACCUCCGUCUCCGCUUGCCAGCCUCCGCAGACAGGGACGAGAUGAUUCUCAAAACCACAUCAAAGAUUACAGAGUCUAUGGCAAAGCCUCAGAAAGACAAAGAGUACGAGAGUGAACACUCCAUUAGAAUUGCACAGGCAACAGUCUCAAGUCUCCAGGCAAGACUUCAACAGAAGGAAGAGACGAUAGCAAAAUACCAGCAACUUCUGAAGCAGGCGCGGGAAGACAUGUUGGAGAUGAACCGUCGCCACGACAAAGACUUGAAGGACAUGCAGCACAAGCUUCACCUUAACACGGACACAGCCUUCAACAAGUUCAAGGACGCAGCUCGCGACCUCAUGGCCAAACAGCUAGCCCAUCCCAUGUCUAGUAAACAGCUUGCGCGACUGAAUCAGCUAGAGGACCUUUUAGUGGAACAGGAUAAUGCAAUGGCAGCAAUGAGCGAGAAGAUUCGUCAGAGGGACGAGGAGAUCGCCAGUCUGAGGUCGCGUCUACAGGUCGACUCUCGCAGUCACAACGUGGAACGAGAACGGAUGACGGAGGAGACGAGGACAGGGAUACAGGCUAGGGAACGCGAGGUGGAGGAGUGUCACCGCCAGAUCGACCACCACAAGAAGGAAGCCGACUUACUUCGGCAGGAGAUCGAAGUCCUGAAGGAGCAAAACAACAGGGCACCCACCACUACCAUGAAAAAUCUUGUGGAUCGACUCAAGAACCAGCUAGCCCACAAAGAGAAACAACAUCAGGCCCUGAGCAAGGCACUGACUGAGUUAAGGGCAGAUAUGGUCCAGCAAGCACAGGAGACCGUGACUCAACAAGCGCAUGAAUCUUCACAGGAAACCAACAUCCAGAAACUCAUUGAUUCUCACACUAAGGAAAUGGCAGACCAAAUAGAAGACUUGCAAAAUGAAGGGGACAGAUUGAAGAAAGAGGUGAAAAAGAGGAAGGAUCAAGAAGCUAAUUUACAGACGGAAUUAGACGAUACCCGGGAGGAAAUGACAAGAAAAGAUCGUAACUUACAUAGAGUCAAGGGAGAUAAGCACCGCCUGGAACAGGAAGUUGAAGACCUUGAGAAGAAAGUUGAGCGUAUGAGUACAAUGAAAACACAGAAAUCGGGAGACAACGCCAGACAACAGGAGUACGAUGAAAUGAGACGCAGGGUACGACUCCUUGAGGAUGAACUCAAACGUAAACAACAGCAACCGGAGAAACCCUACGAACGUCAAAAAGAGGCUCCUGCUCCGCCGAAGGUCACACCUAGAGAGAAGUCGGAUGAAAUUAUUAAAUGGGAAGAGAGUAAGAAAUGGCAGAAGACGGUAGAGAAAAUGAAAGGUAAAGUUAGAGAGAGAGAAGCGGAGGUGGAGAAGAUGCAGAGGAUGUCACAGAUGCUCCGGGACCAGCUAGACAGAGCGAUACGUGAGAAGGAGGGCCUGGAGAGGAAAAAUUUCAACCUGCAGAGGGCAGCAGCUGCAGCACCCGCGGGACCCACCGGACCAUCAGGAGCCCACGGCAAGGCAGAUCACCAGAUGGAGGCUCUCCGCACCAAGAACUUUCAACUCCAAGAAGAGGUAUCCAGUCUGCGUCAACAACUGGCUUUGGGUAAAGAUGCCGCCUUCCAGGAGCUGCAGGUGAAAAACACUUACCUGUCUCAGCAGCUGGAGCAGAUGGAGCAGGUGGUCGCACACAAGUCUUCCAUCACAUCAGCAGAGCCCAGUCAGACUGUCUCUCCCUUCGGUGCCAAAGAAUACCAGGACUUCUUUGAAAAGAACCAGAAUCUACAGCGACAGGUUCUGACUCUGUCGGAGGAAAAUAUCGAACUCAAGUUUGAAUCGGAACAGCUAAGAAAGGAUACACCUAGACUUAAGGAGAGAAUUAAAGAUCUGCAGAAAUAUGUUGAAGCCUUGAAGUUAGAGAAUUCACAGCUGGGAGGUAACAGCACAACUCGGUCUCUAGAUUCCUCAGGCUCCAGUGGCAUACGAAGGAUCGGAGACAGUGGUAAAAGUACUCGUGAACUGGAGAAAACCGUCGCACUUCUCAAAAAGGUGGUGGAGCGUGUCCAGAUCGAGAAUGAACAACUUAAACGUGGAUCGAACGCUGCCACACAGCUCACCAGUCUCCGGCUGGAGAACGAAGGACUCAAGUCCCAGCUUGACGAAUUGCGACAGAAGAUGGGCGCCACCCUGAGUGAAAGGUACACCAGUACUCAGAAAGGGACCGCCAAGAUGAUGUCUGACUAUGAGAAAAUGAGGAAGGACCUGAUUAAGGAGAUGGAGACCAAUGAGAAGCUGAGAGUGGACAUUCGUAACCUAGAGUUACAGAAAGAACAGAUAGGGGCCCAGCUAAGUGAGGCUCGGUCAAUAUCCGCAACAGGAGGUGACAGACCCACGCUACAAACCACAAUGGAUUCCAAGGGCUGGAAGUCAGCGGUUGUCACACGUAUGUACGAGGGGAAACUGAAGGACCUGGAGGCAGACGUCAGCAAAAAGAACAAGAUGCUGGAGGAUGUGAAAUCACUGCUGAAGGAAGCUGCAGAGAGGGAGCAGUAUCUUCUACAGGAGAGGGAGGGUCUCAAACAACAGUUGGCAAUACUGGAGCGAUUCCCUGCUGAUGGUCAGCGGUCGGAGGGAGGAGCAGCAAGGGAAAAUCAACAACUCAGGUUAAAAGUUGACAGAUUAGAAAACGAGAAGAAGGAGUUGAAUUAUCAGCUACAGCUUCUGAGACAAGGAGGUGAACAGCCGAGUGAAGAAAUGCUUGCCAAAAUCGGCGCCUAUGAUCGUCUGAUGAACGAGAAUGUGGAACUAAAGAUGAAUCUCAAAACUAUAGAGACAGAUAAAAACAGACAGCGACUGGAAACGGAGAGGUUAAAGAAAGAGCUUGACAACUUUGGUCCAGACUUUUUCGAGGAAGUUGAAGACUUGAAGUAUAAUUACAAACAGUCGGUGGAGAAAAACGUUUUGUACGAGGAGAAACUACAGCAGUUAUCACAACAGUUAGGCAUAUCUAUCACAAUACCUGGAAUACAUUGACAGGAGUGACAAUACCAGGAAUACACUGACAGGAGUGACAAAAUGUUCCUUAAUUACAAUUUGUAUGACACAACAGUUAGGCAUAUGGAACAUUUUGUCUGUCACUGCAGUUAGGCAUCUAUAUCACAAUACCUGGAAUACACUGACAGGAGUGACAAAAUGUUUUUCAAUUUAACUUUUCUCCAUUGAUUUGUUCCCAUAUUUAAACUGAAGUGUCGGAUCUCGGAGAGCUGUUUCAUAUGAGCAUUACAAAACAUAGUCAGCCUAAAUGACCUGUUCUACAUGACGUUAGAAAAUUAUAGCUUAUCGUAGUUAAUAGAUUUCAGGAAAGUCAAUACCUUUUAUUGACAUUUUUUUUAAUACAAGAAAAGAUGUCUGCCAGUACUGUCCAUUCUUGAUUCAUUACACAAUAAGAAAAGUUGUCCGUCCACUGGUAGUUUUGGCCAUUCUCAAAUCAUUACCAGAAAAGAUGUCCGGCAGCAUCGGUCAUUCUCAAAUCGAAAUUGAAUUCUGCUGGCAUCGUGUCCUAACCUGUCGUUGCUACUAUACAUUCUAGUGUGUGUGUAACCAUUGAUCCUUACCAAGGAUGUAAUGUGUUCGUCAACUGUGAUAUUUGUAGAAUUUUUAUGUUUCCGUCUUUAUAUAUUUGAAUAUAUAUUAUACAUUUUGUAUUUAUUGAUAUCGUCUCUGAUGUCAUCCCAACAUCAUUUAUGAAGAUUUAUUGUCAUGAUUUCUUGAACAGAUGUUCAAUUUAUGAAUUUAUGAAUAAAUUAGCAGCUGGUUUUAUCACUGUAAGAUAUCACACCAAAUCAGUAACUCUAAAUGGUUUAUAGUGCUAAAGCCUCGGUUAUGAAAUUACAGUGUGUUGCAGUUAGGCCACAAAAAAUAAUUCAUUGUUUCUGAUUAUACCAUAAAUUUUUGUGUCUACCCUCACAGGAUUUCAGAAACGUGAAAUAUCCUCUAUCUAGCCUUUGUAAAGUUUUUUUGGUCAAAUGUAACGUUUUCGUUCACCGAACUACUUGGAUUUUUUGCGAGCCGUAAGCAGGAACCUAACAAAUAUUUUGUUUGGCCUUUAAACCUGUAUGAAUUUUCUUGUAGCUUGAAAGGUUGAAUUGCCUAGUGAUAUAGAAGUAGUCCAAAGACAGUUGUAGAUCUGUGCUAGUGAAACUGCCUUGAAAAUAUACUGUAGAUUUUGCAGAAAAAUAAAGAAUAUUUUUUGGAUUUUACUUCAUCAUUUAUGUAAUAUUCAUUCAUAAUAUUUACUCAAACCACCCCUGCAAGUGAAAUAAGAAUUAUUAGUCAUGAGGGAAUCCGUCCGAGUUGGUAGCUAGAAGAUAGAUCUGUUCAAAUCUGUUAGUACAUUAACUUAAUUUGUAUUUUGUAAGAAAAUAAAAGAUAUA